CCCGUUCUCAACCUCGCCGAUCACUGUGAUGCCGCCUCCGGUGGUUGCACCAGCCUAACAGAUGACAUCAAUUACUGCCAGUCACAGGGCAUUAAGGUCCUCCUCUCUAUCGGCGGAGGGACUGGAUCCUACAUCCUCAUAUCGCAGGACGAUGCACGACAGGUGGCCGACUAUAUCUGGAAUAACUACUUAGGCGGCCAGUCCUCGUCAAGACCCCUCGGCGACGCCGUGCUCGACGGAGUAGACUUCGACAUUGAGGGAGGCAGCCCUGACCACUACGAUGACCUCGCUUACUACCUCUCCGCCUACAGCAACCAGGGGAAGAAGGUAUACCUCACCGCGGCGCCGCAAUGCCCUUAUCCGGAUGCUUGGGUCGGCAAA